AUGGCCUCGUCGAUCCUUCACUACCCCCGACCGUCGAUUCUUAGACCACAGCAGCACACCAACUCUUCCGUAACCCGCCUCGAUACUAACUUACCGCGUUUCAAUGUAGCACCCUUGAAAAGGCCUUCCAAGGUGCAAGCCAGCAGUAGUGGUAACAGCAGCAGUGAUAGCAUUGCCAGCCGUCAAGACCACAGCAACCCUAGCGAUGACCACAUUUCCGCGAAACCCUCGACAUUUCCUGGAGACUUUCAGUCUCACAUCCAAUCAGCAGCGUCGCGGAUUCUCCUUCCCUCGCUGCUCGCGGCGUCGCUUCUUACCACCGAAGCCAUGCUGCCACCUCAGCAGCAGUCCACGCUGCCGAGUCAGCAGUCUGCUGAGCUGGCACAGCUGUCAGGAGCAGCAGCGGAACAAACGGGUGGUUGGACAGGGACAGCUCCCGAAUCUGGAGCUGACGUGGCAGCGGUGGGCCUGCGUCGGUCAGGGUUAGGGUUACCGUUGGGCGGUAUUGGCACUGCACGGGCCAACGGAUUGCUGCAGAUGCCGCCGAUCGAGCUAAAAAACACGUACUACUUAGUGCGAGCAGGCGAAUCAGAGUGGGAAGCCCUGGGUGUGAUUCACACCAACCCCGUCGACAAGACGAAUGUGCAAAGCGGGUUGUCUGGGGAGGGGAAGAAGCAGGCGGUGGAAGCUGCCAGGAAGCUGCGCAAGAUGGACGCCUGCGGGGGAGGGUGCUGGAUCUGGCCGUCCAUUUCCCAGCGGGCGUAUCAGACGGCUGAGGUCGUUGCUUACAUCAACGGUGCCGAUUACAGCCGCAUCGUGCCUGAGUACAGCUUUUUGGACGCCAGAGGCCUGGGGGCGUUUGAAGGACAACCGCUAGAGAUGAUGAGCGAGGUGUACCUAGAAGACUCCGUGUCGUCCAGGUGGCGCCCGCCCCCUUUCACUGACGGGACCCCCCACGAGAGCGUGGCAGACGUGCUCGUGAGGGUGACGCAGCUCAUGUCCAUUCUCGAGACACAGUAUUCAAGGGAUGCAGUGGUGAUCGUUUCACCCGACUCGGACUGCCUCUCUGUGCUGCAGUCUGCUUUGAUUGGCAAAGAUCUCAGAAGUCAUAGCGACUUGUACUUUCAGCCAGGGGAGGUGAGGCAGGUUGACAUCAGCAACAACGUCCCCCCUCCUCCCAUAUCCGGUCUGAUCUCGCUCAACAUGAUGAAGCAAUAG